AUGAGAUGGAUUGCCAUCCAGUCUUUGCAACUUAUACUGAGGAAUGCUUUCAAGGAUGCCGAAGCCAUGGGUUUAAACAUCAGUACAAUCCAUACAAGGCUCAAUGACCUCAGAAUUGAAGGAGAGCAAGAACCACAAGCAGUGACAACUGAUAUGGUCAGAUUGAUUGAAACAGCCACAGCCCCAAUCUUUGCAGUUGAUGUGGAUGGGCUGGUUAAUGGAUGGAAAACAAAAACUGCUGAAUUAACUGGUCUGCUUGUUGAACAGGCAUUUGCUAUCACUCGUGGAAGAUUCUUCUGUUAA